UCAGAACUCCAAGUCACACCUCCUUGAACUCUUUCCUUUCUUUUUCUCAUUUCUGAAACCCUAAUUUAAUCGUUCGAAGCCCUAAUCCUCCAUGGAUCUCGCGCCGGAGGAGCUUCAAUUUCUCAGCAUUCGAGGCAUAUUGCGGGAGUCGACUUCGAUCCCAAAAUUUUCGCCCAAAACAUUCUACCUCGUUACAUUAACCCUAAUUUUCCCCCUCUCCUUUGCAAUCCUCGCGCACUCCCUCUUCACAGACCCGAUCUUAGCUCAGCUCGACUUCUACCCUUCCUCGGAUUCAGGUCAGAUCCACCUUGGAUUUAUUGCCCUCCUCUUCCUCCUGUUCUGCUACCUCAUCUUCCUCUUCGCCUUCUCCCUCCUCUCCACCGCCGCCGUCGUCUUCACCGUUGCCUCCCUCUACACAAGCAAACCCGUUUCAUUCUCAUCCACAAUGUUCUCCAUUCCCCGUGUGCUGAAGCGGCUCUUCAUCACUUUCCUCUGGGUCUCGCUCUUGAUGCUCGCGUACAACACCGUCUUUUUCAUCUUUGUGGUAGUCUUCCUCAUAGCCAUUGAUCUACAGAACGUGCCUCUCGCCAUGUUUUCGAUUCUGGUGAUUUUUGUUCUGUUCUUAGUCGUUCAUGUUUAUAUCACAGCAUUGUGGCAUUUAGCUAGCGUAGUAUCAGUUCUCGAGCCUGUGUAUGGAUUCGGGGCGAUGAAGAAGAGCUAUGAGCUACUGAAAGGCAGAACUCGAAUGGCUUUUUCGAUGGUAUUCGAUUAUUUAGCACUCUGUGGAGUAAUCGGGGGAGUUUUUAGGAGUGUGGUUGUUCACGGUGGAGAAGAUUAUGGAUUGUUUACGAGAAUCGCCACUGGAGGGUUCUUGGUCGGUGUUCUUGUCAUAUUGAAUCUAGUGGGACUGCUUGUUCAGAGCGUCUUCUACUAUGUAUGCAAGAGCUAUCACCACCAGGCUAUCGAUAAGAUCGCACUGAACGAUCAUCUCGGCGGGUAUCUCGGCGAAUACGUGCCUCUGAAGAACAGCAGCGGCAUUCAGAUGGAGAACUUUUGAGGCUUGACAGAUCAAACAGAGACCAGGUCUUUGUUGUUUUGUCUUGUAAUGUAAAGUCGUAGGCUUUUACCUGAUUAUCCAGUUUCAUGGGGGAAGGUUCUGAUGAUUUGUAGAUCUUUUGUUACUUGUCUGAAUCACGCAUCAAAGCGUUUCUCUAGAUGGGUCUUGUUCACUUUCAUGGCUUGGCCAUUCUUCUCAGCACAUGCUCUCUGAGAAUCACUGAGACAUGUGAAAGAAAAGAACAGAGCUUGGAGUUGGACAUGUUA